GCCUGACUUGCAACAUACCUCGAUCGUUUCGCUCCAAGUGGAUUUUGGUCUGCCGCUGUGAGAGCCAGCACCCAGCAGGACGAAUGGCCUCCAGGUUCAACAGGCGGAGUCUCUCCGACGUCCUGACCCUGGAGCGAUCGGAGCAGGGCGCCUUGGUCAUUUCCAGCAUCGACGACGCCGACUUCUCCAAUCAGAGGCUGAGGGAAGGGGACGAAGUGGUCGGGGCCACCAUCAACUUCAACCAUCUGUCCAAGGACGAGGUGCUGAGCGUGCUGAGGCUGAUCGAGCCCUACGAUGACAAAGUCCAGGUGCUGACCCGCAACAACACGAGCGGGGGCCUGGGGAACCUGAACCGGGUCAACGUCACUCCAGAAACGAUGCUGAACAAUUCCUACAACAAGCUGUACAACACCAAGAUCAGGAAGUUCAUGCGUCAUGACUCGUCAGACAGCAACAACCUCAGAGGCUUGGUGCAAACGCUGCCUCACUCCUCCAAAGUCAGGACAAAACUGGACAACGACUUGCCUCGUCUGGGAGUGGACUUCGGACGCCUCGAGUCAAACGCGCACGACCGACAUUUCUCCGCCGUCCCAGACUUUUCUUCCGGAAAUUUCUCCCAGGGCCCCAACAUGAACCUGCCUCCUCUGGCCGUGGGCGCCAGCGGGGUUCAGGUUUCACACCUGCUGAAUGGCCGAGGACAGGCCGCGUACGGGCCGAGUGUGGACAUGAACUCAGGGUUUGGUCUUAACGGAGGACAUGUCAGCGGGUCGUCCUUUGACGGCAAACUGAAUAUGGCCAACCACAGCAUGGCGGAUCUGAGUGGGGACGCGGAUUGGGAUGCGGACAGUUAUGAGGGGACAGCUGGAGCCUCUCUGGGAUCAGCCCGAAUAAAUGCCCCACACUUUGAUUUGAACGGUGCAGGCUACGCUCAACAUUCAGGAAAGCUCCAAGUGUCUCAAGACAAAUAUGGUCUUGAAGGUCCCUCUUUAGAUGUGAAAACUGCAGACCUCCGUGUCAACACACCCAGGAUGAGAGGUGACUUCAGUACACCGGGCGUAGACCUGGCCUCAUCUCAACUGCACGGCAUUGGUAUUCCCACCCCUGCAGUCCGCACCAAGGUUCCGUCUGCUAAGUACAAGGCCCCCAAGUUCACAAUGCCAAAGUUUGAUAUCCCCAUUGUGGAAGUCCCUGGCAUUAACGGCCCAGACUUGGGCAUCAACGCACCAAAGGUAGAUCUCAACGGUCCCAACCUUGACUUUGAUAUUGAUGGAAAAUUCCAAAAGCCAAACUUGCCUAAUGUAGAUCUGAAUGGUCCCAAGUUAAGUGGUCCUAACCUAAGCCUCAACACUGACCUAGAUCCCAAGUUUCCUAACCUCAGUGGUGGAAUAAAAGGACCACAUCUGAAAACACCCAAACUUAAGACCCCUACAUUGAAAAUGCCAGACAUGAAAAUUAAAAAUCCAAAGCUAAAACUGGACACCCCAGACUUCGAUUUACCCAACGUGGACUAUGAAACUCCCAAGUUGGAUCUGAACGCUCCAGACUUCAAUAUAGGAUCACCGGAUGCCAAACUAAACAUGCCCAAGUUGAAGAUGCCUAAAUUUGGUCGCCCAAACCUUAAAGGGCCUGACAUUGAUGCAGACCUAGAUGGCCUAGGCGUAGACAUCAAUGCACCCAACAUGGACUUUAAAACUCCCAAGUUGGACCUGAACGCUCCAGACUUCAAAAUAGGAUCACCGGAUGCCAAACUAAACAUGCCCAAGUUGAAGAUGCCUAAACUUGGUCGCCCAAACCUCACAGGGCCUGACAUUGAUGCAGACCUAGAUGGCCUAGGCCUGGAUAUCAAUGCACCCAACAUGGACCUUAAAACUCCCAAGUUGGACCUGAACGCUCCAGACUUCAAAAUAGGAUCACCGGAUGCCAAACUAAACAUGCCCAAGUUGAAGAUGCCUAAAUUUGGUCGCCCAAACCUUACAGGGCCUGACAUUGAUGCAGACCUAGACGGUCUAGGUGUAGACAUCAAUGCACCCAACAUGGACUUUAAAACUCCCAAGUUGGACCUGAACGCUCCAGACUUCAAAAUAGGAUCACCGGAUGCCAAACUAAACAUGCCCAAGUUGAAGAUGCCUAAAUUUGGUCGCCCAAACCUUACAGGGCCUGACAUUGAUGCAGACCUAGAUGGCCUAGGCCUGGACAUCAAUGCACCCAACAUGGACCUUAAAACUCCUAAGUUGGACCUGAACGCUCCAACCAUGGACAUUAAAUCUCCAAACACCAAACUACACAUGCCCAAACUUAAGAUGCCUAAAUGGAAGGGUUGGAGCUAUAAACCUCCCAAAAUGGAUGCUGACCUGGAUGGUGUAGACAUGGACAUCAAUGCACCCAAAGUAAAUCUCGGUGAUCCUAACCUGGCCCUGAAGACUCCUGACCUAGAUUUCAGUGGUCCUAACGUGGACUUUAAGAAUCCUGACCUAGAUUUCAGUGGUCCUAACCUGGACCUCAGCCACAAUGUUGGGAUAAAUGCACCACACCUGAAAAUGCCUAAAUUUAAGACCCCUAAACUAGAUCUCAAUGGUCCAAAUUUGGACUUGCCAUCAGUAGACAUGCCCGAUCUUCAUGCUCCAGACUUGAAACUGAAAACUCCACACAUAAAAGGCGGUAUUGAUGCCCCCAACUUGGACUUACCCAAUGUGGACCUAAAAGCUCCCAAGUUGGAUAUGAAAACUCCAAACCUCAACAUUGGAUCACCAAAAACUAGAUUUAAAUUCCCCAAACUAAAGUUACCUAAACUGAGGCGUCGAAGCCUUAAAGCUCCCGACCUAGAUGCAGACCUGGAUAUUCCGGACGUUGACAUCGAGGCACCUCAAUUAAAUCUCAAAGGUCCCAACGCUGAUUUAGAUAUUGAUGGAAGGUUUAAAAAGCCAAAGAUCAAUCUGCCCAAGUUAGAUGGUCCCAAUUUUGACGUGAAGUCUCCUGAUCUAAAAAUGCCCAAGCUUGACCUGAAAAAGCCCAAACUGGACCUGAAUGCACCAAAGUUGAAAGCCCCAAAGAUGAACCUCCAUCGACCAGAAUGGGACGUUGAGAUUCCGUCCUCCAAAAUGAAAAUGCCGAAACUCAAAGGGCCAAAAGUGGACCUCUUGACAUUGGACGGUCCGGACAUAGACGCUCCAGACUUCGACAUCAACGCACCAGAUGUGAACCUCAAGGGGCCAAAAGCUCCACAUUUGAAUUUUCAAAAAAAAUACAGAAAGCCUCACUUGGACGGACCGGAUUUGAACCUGAAGUCACCAACUGUUCAUGGAAAAUUGCCCCAAGGAAACGCUGAUCUAAACGUCAGAGCGCCAAAGAUAAAGGGGUCUUUUGACACCCCCGGAGUGGACCUCCCAGACAUGGACCUCGACGCUCCUUAUUUAAGAAAAUCUCACAUGAGAAUGCCCAGUUUGGACUUCGAUGGAGACGUCCACGGACCUGACCUCCGUGUCCCAGGUGUGGAUAUCAAAGGCCCAAACAUGAAACCCAAAAUGCCGAGUUUAGACAUCGACGACAUUGACAUGAGCUUUUCAGACCCCAGGAUGAAGCUCCGAGCUCCGGAUCUCGACGUCGACGAUGCUUCGAUGAACUUCAAGAAGUCCUUAAUUGGAAAGUCGGCUAUCAAGCUGCCUGGUAUGGGUCUGGACCUGGACCAGGACCUCGCACAACAUCGUCUAAAAACCAUGUCUGGCUCCGCUCUGGACGCGUCUUUGGACGACAUCGACUUUACCCGCUCAGACCUCAACAUCGACGACUUCACAGGCAAGCACCAUGUUCCUCGGAGCAGAGCGUCCACCUUGGACUUGCAGCUUCCAUCGACAUUUGGUACCGGCACUGACCUGAAGACCCAAGCCCGCAGUGGACUCCAGCUGGACGCAGGCGAUGACCUUUAUGCAAAAAUGUCCCGCACCGUCAACGGGGCUCACGCGUCUUAUUCCCAGUCUUCCCAACAAAGAUCCGCCGAGGCAUCGGCCGAGUACUUGGUUACGGAGUUCCCAUCACAGGAGCAAAGUCCAAACACAGUGACCCACAAGUACAGCACGCUCGGGGGGAUGCAGUUUAAUCCAGGUGACGUCAACCUGGAGGUUCCGGAUCUAAGCGAUCUAAAAGCCUCAUCCUUCAUCUUCUCUCACAUGGUUUAGGCCCCCAAAGCCAGCAAGUCUGUCCAAUGUGGUUCUCCACUAAAACCAUCCAGGAUCACGUUUGAACAACUCAAAGUACUUUCUACUCCUACUGUGCAACAUUGCUUUUGUCUACGUUCACUUUGCUGCAGUUUCAAAUCCAGGUCUUGCCGGCGCUAUUCGGACACGGGGCUAGACCAGAUCCUUCUAUGGGUUCUUUGAAACUUUGGAGUCAAUGGUCAGAUGUGUACAUUAUUGUGGUUGUACAUAGAACACAUGUAUUUAUAUACUGCCAUGUCCAUUUUUAUGCAGUGUAUUAAAAUGUUUACUGCC